ACUUUCUUUCUCUCAAGUGCUACAACCACCACCAUUCCGACUUCCCCCUCUCCCUCUUCCUUCCCUCUCUAGUGCACGGCAAUCGUUUUUUUCCCAUUCUCACCAGAAUCUUUCAAUCAACUCUUGGUCCCAUAGUACCGGUAGCUUUUUUUUCGCCUGUGACGUUACUAGCUUGUCGGUGAUUCACUACUACUCCCCCUACCAUAAAUUUAGACCUUCAGUUGUUGUUAAACAGCUAUUAUUACCGCCUUACCCUCAUCCAUCACCUUCCACCUAUUCAAAAAUGUCUAAUCCGGGUUCCGCUCAGCCGGCAUUGUCGACCGCAUCGAAUGUCAUAAUGAUUGAUAACUACGAUUCCUUUACUUGGAACAUUUACCAAUUUCUCACACUGGAAGGAGCUAAGGUUACCGUUUACAGAAACGAUAAAAUCACUUUACCUGAAUUGAUCGCUCUGAGUCCAACCCAGAUUGUUAUUAGCCCUGGCCCUGGCCACCCGAUCACGGACUCAGGCGUCAGUAUUGAGUGUGUCAAGCAUUUCGCUGGGAAAAUACCCAUUCUUGGAGUCUGCAUGGGCCAGCAAGCGAUCUUCAGCGCUUUUGGUGGUACUGUCGAUUAUGCUGGGGAAGUCGUGCAUGGAAAAACAUCGCUAAUAAAACACGAUACAAAGGGAAUCUACCGGAAUAUCCCGCAAGACAUUGCGGUAACCCGAUACCAUUCUCUAGCUGGAACCCAUGCUACACUCCCAGCAGACCUAGAGGUUACAUCCCGGACCGACCGGGAUGUUAUUAUGGGAAUUCGCCAUAAAGAGUAUGCCAUCGAGGCCGUACAAUACCACCCUGAGAGUAUUCUUACGGAAGAAGGACGAAUGAUGUUCAGAAACUUCUUGGAGAUGACUGCUGGUACUUGGAAGGGGUGCGAAGUCACCUUGAAUACCGGUUCUCUGGAAAACACCACUCCCGAUCCGAAUAGCGCUGCAAAGUCGGAAUCGAUACUUGACAAAAUUUAUGCCCAUCGCCGUGCCGUUGUGGCGGCUCAAAAACUUUUACCAUCCCAACGCCCGGCAGACUUGGAGGUUCUACACUCACUAUCAAUAAGCCCACCCUUGAUCAACUUUCCAGCCCGUCUGCGCGCGGUAUCUACUCCAUGUGCUCUGAUGGCUGAAAUCAAGCGUGCCUCGCCUUCAAAAGGCUCCAUUGACAUGGACGCAUCUGCCGCAGUCCAGGCCCGUACAUAUGCACUCGCCAGUGCUGCAGCAAUAUCUGUACUCACCGAACCUGAAUGGUUCAAAGGCAGCAUUGAUGAUCUACGCGCAGCAAGGCAAGCGGUGGAUGGAAUGCCCAAUCGUCCGGCAAUUCUACGAAAGGAGUUCAUUUUCGAGGAAUAUCAAAUUUUGGAAGCAAGAUUGGCAGGAGCCGAUACGGUGUUGCUUAUUGUGAAGAUGUUGAGUGACGAAGAGCUAAAGAGGUUAUACGACUACUCUAAAUCGCUAGGGAUGGAGCCUUUGGUGGAGGUGAACAGUCGGGAAGAGAUGGAAAGAGCUCUAAAGGUCGGGUCUACAGUCAUUGGGGUUAAUAAUCGGGAUUUACAUUCCUUCAAAGUGGACCUCGAGACAACAAGUGGAUUGGUAGGAAUGAUUGAUAAGGAAAAGGUUGUUCUAUGUGCCCUCAGUGGUAUCUCUGCCCGAGAGGACGUCAAGAGAUACGAGAUUGAAGGUGUUGGAGCAGUUCUUGUCGGAGAAUCCCUGAUGAGAGCUGGGAAAAAUGUGAAGACCUUCAUCAACGAACUCCUAACCGACUCGCCCACCCCAACGAGUGCUCCCCACAAGCAUGGGGUCCUUGUCAAGAUUUGCGGCACCCGUUCUGUCGAAGCCGCAAAAGUAGCUGUAGAAUCCGGCGCAGACAUGGUCGGAAUGAUCCUUGCGGAAGGCACAAAGCGAACCAUCGAUCCCGAGACCGCUAAGGCCAUCUCCGAUGUUGUCCGCUCAACCCCCAAGGGUGGAGUCUCCGACACACCCAUUGUCCCCAAAUUCGCAGCCAAUCCCCCACAUUCGUGCCCAAAAAUCUCAGCAGAAGGUUGGUUCGAGCACUCUGUCAAAAACCUCAUCCACCAUCCAAAACGCUCCCUCCUCGUCGGCGUCUUCCGCAAUCAGCCUUUCUCAGCAGUUUUAGCCCUCCAGCAAGCUCUAGCACUAGACAUCAUCCAACUCCAUGGCUCAGAGCCCCUGGAAUGGGCUCGUCUCCUGCCAGUCCCUGUCAUCCGCCGCUUCUCUCCAGGUGAAGAUGGCCUUAACAAAUCCGGCUACCACGCAAUACCGCUUCUGGACUCUGGCAUCGGUGGUACAGGAGAUCGGGUAGACCUCAGUGAAGUCGAGAACGUACUUGCGGCUGGAGUCCCGGUCAUGCUAGCUGGCGGCCUCAACCACCAUAAUGUGGAAGAGAUAAGAAUUGGAGGCCUGCUCGAAAAGGGCAUUAUCGGCGUGGAUGUUAGCAGUGGGAUUGAAACAGAUGGGAGACAAGACCUUAUAAAAAUUAGGAGGUUUGUGUACAGGGCCAAAGGGAGGGCCUGAUUUCACCCCCCUCGCCGUCUUGUUGUACCUAUCUGGUUGUUGCAGAUUCUCAAUUUAGUACUCAUGCGAUAAUGCGUGAUGUUCGGGUCAUUAUGGCUUUGUCGGGUGAAAUGCUCCUCCCCCUUUCAUGUGAUACCCGUUCUAUUCAA